AUGGGAAAGAUUGCCAGCAAAAUCUGGUCUAAAGGGUUGCUAGGGGGCUUUGGGAUUCCGGCAAUGACCAAAGCCCUAGAACCCUUGGCGUCUUGGUCACGGACCGAUCUUAUCGAUGCCUACCAGCAUUUCUUGGACUAUUGCGACGAGACGGUGGGUCGGCACGAGUUCACGGAUGUCUUCCAAUGCUUUGGCGACACCACGAAAGCGGACGCCGCCUUCCAGGCCCUGAAACCCAAGAAGGGCCGCAGCGAUGGCAACACGCUCUUUGCGGCGGCCGUGGCCACGUCCAAUCAGAGCUUCAUCUCCAAGGUGGGAGAAUUUUGA